GCAGUGGCUUCUGAGGGUCCCACAGCUGCCCCUCCAAACAUGUCCUCAGGCCAGCCGGUCCAGGCAGCCGUCCUUGCAUCUAGGAGUCAGUUGGCUUUUAGCCAAAGGUGGGAGGGACUAUUUGGCUGAAAACCCUAAAGGAGAGAGAAACAGAGACAGAGACACAGACAAGCAGAGACUCGGCCGCUGUGAACCGUGUCCCUGGCCCCUCCUCCCUGAAACCCUGUGACAGAGGCAAGAUGUCAGGGUGGAGCGUCUGCCCCUGCAGGCUCCGUGGUGAAGGUAACAGUCGCCCGAGUCAGACCUGCGGCCACCCCUUCCUGGGCCUUGGCAUCUUGGCCCAGCCCUGCUUCAACUGCCCUCCAGUGGGCCAGACCUGGUGACCUCCAGGCUCCUGUCACUGCCUGCCCUCUGCUCCUCGGGGCUGCCAGGCCCCUGCUGCCUCAGUAGCACCACUUCUUGGGUUUUGAACCUUUUGCUCCAGUCACACUGCUCCUGGGCCUCUUCCGAAGCCCGGGGCUGGAAGGAAAGGCUGUCCCAUCUCUGGGGUGGGGAGGUGUGGGGCUCAACGUCUGAAGGGGCGAAGCCCAGGGACCAGCCACCCUUUCCUCAGCCCCAGCUGUCCUCCCAGAGCCCUUCCUAGCGUCCCACCCUCACAUUUUCCCGUCCCCCCCACUGGUGGCUGUGUGGCCUUGGCCCUGGCCCCAUCCUGCAGAGCCCACAGAAAAGGCCUCCACCCAGCUGCUCCAGCCUUUCCCUCCCCCCCUCAGCCCGCCCGGGGCCUGCGGGCAGACGGAGGUGGCUCUCGCUGCCUAUGGGACUGAGGUGGCGAUCAAGUGGGCUUGGACUGGGACCUGGCGGGCCGUGUCUGCAGCUCACAAGGAAUAAGCUCCCCUCCGUCUUUGAGUCCUGCUCAUGCCUCUGGCACCGGGGACCUCGCACACGUCUGACUUUGCUGGGAGGAGCUGGAGUGAGGCCUGGACUGAGGGCAGGGACACUCCAGGUGACUGCAUCCUGCCCAGCAUGGCCCCACCGCCCCCACCGCCAGACCCUCAGUUUGUCCUCCGAGGCGCCCAGUCAGCAGUGCAUGCGCUGCACUUCUGCGGAGGAGCCCAAGGGCAGGGGCAGCCGCUGCUCCUCUCAGGAGGCUCCCCAGGGCCCUGCCCGCCUUCCUUGGCUCAGCUCGCAUUCAGGUCACCUCGACUGGGAGCUGCUGGCUAAACGCCUGUCUGCCAGCUGUGCGGGGUCCUCCUCUGAACAGGUCCCUGCACGGGCUGGUGCACAUCUGGAGCCUGCAGACACGGAGAGUGCUCGCCACCCUGGAUGGCCACACGGGCAAGUGUGUGACCUGGCUUCAGACUCUGCCCCCAGGGCCCCAGCUCCUCAGGCUGACUCCAGUCCCCUCCCACUCCUCCUGGCUGGCUAUGAGGACGGCUCGGUGGCCCUGUGGGAUGUCUCUGCACGGAAGGUGUGCAGCCGUGUCGCCUGCCAUGAGGAGCCCGUCAUGGGCCUGGACUUCGACUCCCAGAAGGCCAGGGGUGUCUCGGGCUCUGCAGAAAAGGCACUGGCCGUCUGGAGCCUGGAUGAGCAGCGAGCCUUGCAGGUGCACAGAACUCACCAGCUCACCAACCCUGGGGUCGCCGACGUCAGGAUCCGGCCAGACCGUAGGCUCCUGGCCACCGCGGGCUGGGACCAUCGCAUCCGUGUGUUUCACUGGCGGACGAUGAAGCCGCUGGCCGUGCUGGCCUUCCACAGCGCCGCUGUUCACUGCCUGGCCUUCGCCACGGAUGGCCUGCUGGCCGCGGGCUCCGGGGAUCAGCGCAUCAGUGUGUGGUCGCUCUACCCGCGCAUGUGACAUGCUGACAGCAGGGAGGUGGGUGCGCAGAUCACGAGGGCUCCAUUAUGGGAAGAGCCAACAUCCUUCUGGCUUGACACUUGCUUCUUUGGGUAUGGGACAGUGACUGCGAUUUAAAGUGUAACUGGGCUGGACACCAGGCACCUGUAGCCCAGGUCAAAGGCCGACUGGGGGCGCCUGACAAUAAACUCUGUUUGCAAACCUGCA